AUGGUCGUCCUCGCUGCCUCCAUUUGUACCCGUGGGGGUAAAGCGGUGCUGUCGCGACAGUUCCGCGAGAUGCCUCGAUCUCGAAUCGAAGCCCUCCUCGCCUCCUUCCCAAAGCUCGCCGAUAGCAGCACGCAGCAUACGACCGUUGAGCAGGAUAAUGUUCGCUUCGUAUACCAACCGCUGGACGAGCUGUACAUGGUUCUCAUCACCAACCGCCAGUCCAAUAUCCUCCAAGACAUCGAUUCCCUACACCUCUUCGCCCAAGUCGUCACCACUACCUGCAAGAGUCUAGACGAGAGGGAGAUCACCAAAAAUGCUUACGAGCUACUCAGUGCCUUCGAUGAGCUGGUAACUCUAGGUUAUAGGGAGAACCUCACCAUCAGCCAAAUCAAGACAUUCCUGGAGAUGGAGAGUCACGAGGAGCGCAUCCAGGAAAUUAUCGCAAGGAACAAAGAAUUGGAGGCCACCGAGGAGCGCAAGAGGAAAGCCAAGCAGCUCGAGAUGCAGCGAAAGGAAUCAGCACGUAGUGGCCACGGCGGAGGUAUGGGUGGCAUGCCUCGAACUCCAGUCUAUCCAACAUACACCCCUCCGUCCCGUCCUGCUGUCACCGAUACAUAUGACACAUACGAAGCUGAGAAGAACAAGAAGUUCUCGGCGCCGAAGGCAAAGGGCAUGCAAUUGGGCAAGAAGUCCAAGACCACAGAUAUGUUCGAGCGAGUACGGGGAGAUAUGGGACCGGAAGUCGAUGAUACGCCUCUCGUGCCUGUUGCCGCGACCCCGACUGCUGUAGAGCCCGCUGCAGCCCGCACAUCCACAACCCUUGACAGGGAUGCCAUCCACGUCACCAUCUCAGAGUCUAUCACGGCCAAACUCUCACGGGAGGGUGCUGUCAACUCUAUCUCUAUCAGCGGUGAUCUGAACCUCCGCAUAUCCGAUGCCACCUUGACCAAGGUCAAGCUUGCUCUCAAUGCAACUCCCACACACGGUGCCCAAUUCCGGACACACCCUAACGUGGACCGUAACCUGUUCAACAGCUCCAAGGUCAUUCAGAUGAGUAAUACAGCCAGGGGCUUCCCCGUUAAUAACUCGGUUGGUGUCCUCAGAUGGCGCGCCACUCCUAAGGCGGACGACACAAGUGCUGUGCCGAUCAGCUUCACCGUCUGGGUUAAUAAGGGCUCUGAUGGUAGCUAUACCAUGACCGUCGAGUAUGAGCUAACCGGGGGAGACUCGCUCAAGGACGUCAGUGUUGUGAUCCCGUACUCAAGCAGCGAGCCCACAGUCUCGAGCUUCGAUGCUACGUAUGAUGUCUCAGGAGACAGCCUAGAAUGGACAAUUGGAACAGUCAAUGAGGACAACCCCAAUGGCUCAUUCGAAUUCGAGGCGCAAGCUGAUGACGAGAACGAGUUCUUCCCCAUGCAAGUUCGAUUCUCGAAGACCACGCCUUUUGUGGAUGUUGAUGUUACGUCAGUAGCUCUCGUCGAGGAAAACGAGGACGUGACGUUCUCGAAAGAGAUCAAGUCUCUUGCAGAGUCCUAUUUGAUCGAGUAA